AUGCCUCGUCCGCGCAAGAAGUCGCGGCAGUCCGGCUCUGCCCGUGUUGGGCAACCGAAACAGAGGGAUGCACUGAUGGAGCAGAGCUUACCUGCCACAGGAUAUGAGUUGCCGGUGACCAAAAACCCGUCGGUGCAGUUGGAUGUAGUAGGGCCGACGGGGAAUCCUGGCUCCAGCGGCCUGGCAGCGCUCGCCGUCGGGCUCGCGAGGCGCCUUGCCGAUGGGAGCGUGGACGACAACCUAGUCUUCUCGCCGCUCGAGCUCGAGAACUUUGUGUCGCACAUGGCGGCGGACGCACUCCAAGACAGGUCCGCCUCGGGCGGCCCCCGCAUAGCAUUCGCGUGUGGCAUCUGGAGCGACCUGACGAGGUGUCUGAAGCUGUCCUUCCGUGAGGCCGUCGUGGGCACGUACAAGGCCGAGGCCAGCAGCGUCGACUUCCGCGGCGCGCCGGAGGCAGCCCGGAGCCAGAUCAACGGGUGGGCGGCUCAGGUGACGAGGAACCUCAUCGACUCGGUCCUCCCGGCGGGGUCGAUAAGCCCGGCGACUCGGGUCGUGCUCGGCAACGCCAUGUACUUCAAGGGCAAUUGGGAGGACCAGCCGUUCGACAAGAGGCACACCGCACACGAGCCAUUUUACCGGCUCGACCGCAGCCAGGUCGACGUGCCCUUCAUGCAGAGCUCGGACUCACAGUUCGUCGCCGUGCAUGACGGGUUCAAGGUGCUCAUGCUCCAGUACAAGAUGGCGGCGCCAGAUUACCAGGAACAGGCGACCUCUAACUCCGAUCAUAGCGGGCAUACGCAGUUCUCGAUGUGCAUCUUCCUCCCGGACGCCCAUGACGGUCUGCUGGGGCUUCUGGACACGAUAGCGUCCCGGCCUGGGUUCCUGCAGGACCACCUGCCGGAGGUGCAGAUCACCCUCAGCGAGUUUCGGGUGCCAAAGUUCAAGCUGUCCUUCCACAGCAGCGUCGUUGCCGUCCUCAAGAAGCUGGGGCUCGAGCUGCCAUUCUGCCUGGAAGGCGACCUAGCUGACAUGGUGGAGGACGACGGCUCUGGCUUGCCGAUUGUAGUGGAGGAUGUCAUCCACAAGGCCGUCGUUGAGGUAAACGAGGAAGGUACUGAAGCCGCCGCGGUCACUAUGGUCAUCUCGGCUCCUAGAUGCGCACGAAGGGGGAGGAGGCCACCGCCUCCACAAGUGAAUUUCAUCGCCGACCAUCCGUUUGCUUACUACAUAGUGGAGGAGGCGACCGGCGCAGUUGUCUUUGCGGGGCAUGUUGUCGACCCCUCGGAGUAAUAAAUUAAAAUAGCUA